UCUCAGUCUCUGAUCUCUCCCUAUCUGACCAUCCUCUCCUCUCUCCUCUUUCUCUCUCUUCUCGGGGUUCAGUUUUCUCUCAGAGCAAAGAAAAAAGAAAACAUCUUUAGAGAGGGAAAGAAUGGGCGCCUGUGCUAGCAAGCCUAAUGUGUUGAAUGGUGAAGCCCCAGAAGUCGCACCAGAAAAUGUCUCUGCCAAGGAUGUUACGGUUGCGGCUGAAGAAGAGGUGAAGAAGGAAGAGGGUGUCAUUGCAGAUGAUGAUGCCAACAAAAUUCCAUCUCUAAGUAACUUGCUCAAAAAUGAAGAGGGGAAGGGGUCGGCAGAAGAGAAAGAGGAUACAUCAGUACCAUCGGAGGCCAAGAAAGAAUUAGAAUUAGUUGAGAAGGUUGUCGAUGAUGCUGCGACAGCUGAUGCUACUUGUGUUGAUGAGAAGAAAAUAGAGGAAGUAAAAUCAGAAACUCCGGUCGAGCAGAAUGUGGAGGAAGUAGUAAAACCAUCAUUGGAGGGCAUUCCAUCUCCUGUAGAGAAUAAAGCAGAUGAAGAGAAAGUAGCAGCCGCAGAAGAAGCUCCUGCAGAGACAACAGUAGAGGAAGUAAAACCAGAAACAGAGACUACUCCUGCAGAUGAAAAAACAGCCACUGAAGAGAAGAAAAUUGAAGAGAAAUUAACUCCGGAGGAUCCAAAACCUGAAGCUUCUUCUGUGGAGAUCAAAAAAACACAAGAGAAACCAGCUACAAAGAAAGGCAAGUUUUGGUGGGAUAAGUGAACUAAAAUGCGGAACGAUUAAAAUUCACAAGUCAUGAGUACUGAUAUUAUCUUGAACAAGUUGUCAUGAGCAUGAUUUAUUUCAUUUUUACUCUUGAAUAUCAUUUGAUGAAAUUGGUAACGUUGUAUUUUCACCUUGUUCACUAGCACACCUUCAUAUUCAAAUACUCCAUCGUUUUUCCAUUCUAUA